GGAGAGAUCUGAAUUCUGUACCUAGAUAAGGCAGAUUAGAACGAGCCAUUCAUUGGCUGAAUUUCUGGAUUCACAUGGAAAGUCGUUUUUAAAUCCCCGGGAACUGUCCGACGGUACUGAAGAAGAAAUGUUAAAGAGCUUUAAAAAAGAAACAACAGCUUGACAUCCAAAUCAGAAAAAAGCACAAAUUCCAGUCUUCAGUGCUAGCUGGUAUGUGGGCAUGGUGCUGACCAGACACGAUUACGGUAAAAUCCUGGGAUGAGCUUCUCGUUUUCUACGGGAAGUUCUCAUUGCCAUCCCGAGGAGAUAUUUAAAAAUAGCCUUUCCCUUUGUUAUGUGUCCGACUUAAAGCAAUCCUAUGGAUGAACGCCUUCCAAAAUGCCUUGCCCAUGACAGCUGUAUUAGACUGAAAUGAUCCUCUUCACACGUUUCAUGUUGCUGUUACCAGCUGCUACCCUGAACCGGAAGUGCCGAUAAAUCCUGAGCUGACGCGAGAGGUCCCAACCUCUCUCCCCAUCCCCUCUGCCAGCCCGGCCCAUGCGCAGUCGGCUUCCUUCUUCCGCGUGACACUGACGCAAGGACGCCCCGCCCGCCUGUGACGUCAGCGGGCCAAGGCGGAAGAGAGUAAAAGAGAGGAGCGGAAAGGAGGGCUUGAGGCUGCAGCUGCUCGGCAAGGGGCGCUUCUCUACGCCGGGGUUACCAUAGAGACGACCUGUUCUGUUGUAGGCUGACUCAUCUUCUGCUACCAUGGAUAUGCUCUUUGGGCGUCGGAAGACCCCGGAGGAGAUGCUGCGGCAAAAUCAACGGGCACUGAAUCGUGCCAUGCGAGAGCUGGACCGUGAGCGGCAGAAAUUAGAAACCCAAGAGAAGAAGAUCAUUGCUGACAUCAAGAAAAUGGCCAAACAGGGGCAGAUGGAUGCUGUGAAGAUCAUGGCUAAAGACCUGGUGCGGACAAGGCGCUAUGUCAAGAAGUUCAUCAUGAUGCGAGCUAACAUUCAAGCCGUGUCCCUCAAGAUACAAACUCUCAAGUCUAACAACUCUAUGGCUCAGGCAAUGAAGGGAGUCACCAAAGCCAUGGCCACCAUGAACAGACAGCUCAAGUUGCCCCAGAUCCAGAAGAUCAUGAUGGAAUUUGAGAAGCAGUCGGAAAUCAUGGACAUGAAGGAAGAGAUGAUGAACGAUGCUAUUGAUGAUGCCAUGGGUGAUGAGGAAGAUGAGGAGGAAAGUGAUGCUGUUGUCUCCCAGGUGUUGGAUGAGCUGGGUUUGACACUGACAGAUGAGCUCUCCAACCUACCUUCAACUGGCGGUUCCCUGAGCGUGGCAGGAGGGAAGAAAGCCGAGGCCUCAGCUGCUCUCGCUGAUGCAGAUGCUGAUCUCGAGGAACGACUAAAGAACCUGAGGCGGGACUAGCGGGCACAGACUCAACAUCACUCCCCUGGCAUGGCAUGGGUCUGAGUCACUUCUGAUUUUGGGGCUCCCUCUGCUGUUUCAGGGCACAGAGCCAUGCAGGCUUGUGGGGGUUGCUGUGGGCAGCAUGAUUGGAGGGAAAACGUUAAGUGGCACUGUUAGUGCUCUUACUCUCUCCUCCUUUUAAACGGACUUUUAAUCUCACCUGGCAUGGGUGGUUCUCCCCAGCCCCCUGAUACCUUAUCAGUGUCUCCAUUCCACAAAUCUGGGUGGUCUAGAGGCUCAAAAUAAGUUCUUUUCUAAUUGGUGGUGUGAAUGAAGCAGCCUCUUGUAAUCCAUGUGCAAUCCUGCAUAUUCUGCUGCUGGGGAGAACGGGUGGGGAGGAGAGGAGCAGCAGCAGGCAGUUCCUUAGCAGAUGCUUCCUGCUCCUCUUGCGAAGGGGGCGAGAGUCUCUAGCACUUUCCUAGCUUAACACUUUAGUUACAGCCCUGUCCCUUGGAGGCAGCUGGCCUCAAGAUUGCGUCUCUCUGUAACUUGUAAUAAAGGAGGUAAAUUUGUACUGAAA